AUGGGGACGGAUCCUGUAGAGGACGUUGUGGAGGGGACUUUCAGCCUCCUUGCCCCACGUGUCCGACAAGGUAUGAUCAUUCCCUCAUCCAGGCUGCACUGCAGACGACUGAAUUGUUCCCCCCACGCCGAGUGUCAUGGUGACCGUCAUGCCACUGGCUCCGACCGGAUGGAUGUAGAGAGUCACUGCCCUGUCGCGCGCUACGGCCAUUCCCUCACCGAGAUACAGCAGGAUGUUUUGUUUCUUUUUGGUGGUGUUUCACAGGCUAAGGAAUAUCUGAACGAUGCGUGGAUUUUGAGACUGUACGACGCGGAAAUUAAAUUCUUCCAGCUGGAGGUUGUGGGGGAUGUGCCAUGCGGUCGGUUUGGUCACUCUGCGCACCGCAUGCUGGACGGCAGGGGCGUCAUUAUUUUUGGCGGUUCGAAUAAUAGAGAAGCUUUUAAUGAUCUGUAUGUCACUUCACUGAGCCAGUGGACGAAGACACAUCAGGCGGUUUUCCAGCGAGUGGAUAUGCAUUCCCCCCCUCCUAAUUCCAUCCGUCCAGUGGUAGGCAGUUCAACUUGGAACUUUCCCACAACAACAACAACAACAGCAGCAGCAGCAGCAGCAAACACAACCCGUGUAACUUCUUCCCUCGGAUGGCCGAGUCCUCGUCGCUCACAUACAUUGGUGCCCAUGGCGGAGGGAAAGGCCAUUCUCUUUGGUGGGCAUGGUGUCGUCUCCUUCAAUGAUGUAUGGGUGCUGGAUGAAAACGCAUUACAGUGGAAGUGUGUGGAGACCCGCAGAACAGAUCUGCAGGGUUUUCUAAUGGAGAUUCCAGCGCCGCGUUACUGCCAUUCGGCCGUGGUGUACCCGGACCCAACAUCAUCUGCAGAUGGAAGGAGUGAUGCCACUGUGUCGCGUGUCGCGACGAGUACCACCGAUGCAGAAAUGGGAAGGAGCUUGUAUGUUUUUGGUGGGGUCCUUUUUUCUCCCGUGGGCGAUAAUACUUUGUGGGAGUUGAACCUCUCCAAAUUUGUAUGGCGUCGUGUAAAGGUGUGGGGUAGUGUUGUCCCACCUCCACGCUUUGGGCAUACUGCAUGUGUAUUGUCCCAUUAUAUGGUCGUCUUUGGUGGGACCGAUAAGUUUCAGUCUGGAAACACUCCUGGUGAUUGCUUUAUGUACAACUUCUGCUCCUGUGAAUGGAGUCUUUUGAGUAGGGAUUUCCCCGAUAAUUUGAUUGGAAUCCCUGUGCUCUCUGUGCAAACCUCAGAGGAUGAGACGUUGGAGACGGAAAGAACAUCGCAAUUAAAUUACACUGCGUUAAGUCACUUACCUGUCGCUCUUCGAGGGUGUCAGUCGUUGGUUGCGAAGCGUACGCCAAGUUUCAUGCCGCCCGGUCGCCGCUCGCAUGCUGCUGCUCGUUCUUCUCGAAGAAAAAUUAUUAUAUUUGGUGGAUGGGACGGCAACCGCAUUGAUGGUGAUUGUUUUCAGUUGAUCUUGGCGCCUUCUACACUAAGGGAGUGGUCGUAUGAUUUUCUGGUGGGUGCGCGUCGACGACGCGGUUAA